CUUAUGUGAGCGUCCUUGCUAGUGGUUGUAGUAGUUGAGUUAGUGGCUGUGGUAUCUGUAGUAUUAUUACUAGUAACUUAGUAGUGCUGCUGUGGUUUUACGGUUUUUCUUUUUGUUAUUUUACCGACAUUAUCACCGCAAUUAUCUGACGGUGUAACCGUUGAGUCUGCCGAGGCCCUGGAUAAACUUGCGGUUCCGCUCCACACCGCCAGUGGCGCUGUGGGGCUGAGCUCUGUCAACAAAACAAAACCAGCGUCUCCUCCGCCGUCACUUUCCUGCGCCUGUCCCCGCUUUUGUUUGUUCCGCACACGGCAGCAGCACGGCCGCACACACCCACCUUUUUUGUUUUCUUGGUCCAGAUACUUGGAACCGUGCACAGCCGUGCUGAGUUGUCUGCAGCCGCUGCCGCUCGGUCUAACAUGGCCAAGUCGAAGGACCUGAAAAUCUUCCUGGAGUCGUCUCUGAAUGAGAUCUUCAAAGCCACAGUGAGCGACAUCCUGGACUCGGUGGACAGGACCCUGUCCGAGUACCAGGGUACGAUACAGAGGAUCGAGUCUGAAAAUGAGGGCCUGAAGCGGCUGCUGCUCGCACACAAGAGCAGGGAGUCUGCAGCGAGAGAUAUCCACAAACAAGAUGCCACAGAGAAGCUUUCGACUCCAGGAUGGAGCAGUCGUCCGAUCAGUUCCACCCAGUCCAUAUGCAGCAGUGACAAGAAGAGCUGCAGGAGGAAGCAUAAAGACAAGUUGAGGGAGAGUGUACCCUCUGCCUCCUUCUUUCUGCAGACCAAUCACAUGGUGGAACAACCAUGUGUGAACAUGUCAGAGGUAAGUAUGCCCGCACAAACUUUGGUAUCUAUAAAAGCAGAGCCGGGCCUGGAUGAAAGUGGUGCUAUUGACCUCUCCCAGCCGUCAUCCCUUCUCAAUCUGACAGUGAGGUCAGUAAAAGAUGAGAGCACAGAGGUCAGUUGUGACAGUCAAGAUACAUAUGCGCCUCUGCUGCCAUCUUCAGGCCCAGACCAAGACUCCAGAGGCGGUGACGGUGAAGUUAAAGUCACCAUUGUUUCUGACAGCUACAUUCAAGAUGGACAGUUCAUUAAGAAAGAGGAGGAGGAGCAGCAGAAUGGGGUGUUGCAGUAUGGUGACAACGACUGUUUCUCUAAGCAGGAGUUGAAGCAUGUGUUGAGAUAUUACCCUGAAUCACAAGAUCAUGAGGGAGUAAGCAGAGAGGUUGCAGAUCCAGAAGAAGAGACGCACAAGGAAAAUGAUUCGCCCACUGUUCCCGCGGACGAGUUUUUGGAGAUCCAUGACAACUUCUUGCGCUGUCCCACCUGUCCCAAAACAUUUAGCCGAGCAACCUCGCUCAACAUCCACAUCAAGACUCACAGCGCAGAGAAGGUGCACAGCUGCAGCUACUGCGGCAAACGCUUCGGCCGGGCUGACCUCCUCAAAUCCCACAAGCGCACCCACACGGGUGAAAGACCCUACAGCUGCAACACCUGCAGCAAAACGUACGCCCACCCCAGCCAGCUCAGGAUACACAAACGCAUACACACUGGAGAGAAACCGUAUUCCUGCUCACACUGCGGGAAGCGCUUCAACGAGCACAACCAGCUCAAAGUCCACUUGCGGACUCACACCGGGGAGAGGCCUUACAGCUGCAAGGAGUGCGGCAAAACAUUCAGCAACGCAGGGAACCUGCGCAUACACGAGAGGAUCCACACCGGCGAGAAGCCGUACUGCUGCGCUCAGUGCGGGAAAAGGUUCAACGGCUUGGGCGAUCUGAAAACGCAUUACAGGAUUCACACCGGAGAGAGGCCUUACAGCUGCGAGCUGUGCAAGAAGACCUUCAGCCAGACGGGCCACCUCACCAUACACAUGAGGAUGCACACAGGGGAGAGGCCGUACAGCUGCAACGAGUGCGGCAAGAGGUUCACGGUGGCCAGCAGCCUCAAGCUGCACCAGAGGACUCACACGGGGGAGAAGGAGUACAGCUGCUCGUACUGCAGCAAGAACUUCAGCAGGUCGGGCCACCUGAAGAGACACGAGCUGGUCCACACCAAAGAGAAGGUCUUCCUCUGCAGCCAGUGUGGAAAGACCUACACGGACCAGUCCUCCCUGAAGAAGCAUUUGAAAAUGCACGCGGCCAAGGAGCAGAGGGGUCAGGGCGAGGGAAGCACCAGUGAGGCUGAAACAAACCGAGUCCGACCCUCAGCCUCCGAGACACUUUCAGACACUGAUAGAAAUUUGAACCAAAUUGUUGCAGCUGAAUAACAAAAGAGCUGAGUUGCAAAAUCCACUUGCUGGCUUUGAACCACAUCUCACAUUCUAUAUCAGCAGAUGGAGUUUGUUUACAGUAUUUGUCACAGAGAUGACAGAGAGCACUACAUCCGUGAAAUUAGACACUGGACUGAAGAGAAUGAAUGAAAACUAGAAACAGACAUCAGCUGUGUGAUGAGUAAAUGAGUAAAUGAUUCAUAAGUGAGAGAUUAUCAGACCCCAAAACACUACACUGCGGAUUAUAACAUUUUUAGUUUAUGUUGGAGCCACAGUAGUCUCAUUGUGAUGAAUGACAUUUCUCUCAACAUAGUUGCCACUGCGGUAACUGUGCAGAGUUGUAAAACCCUGUCCAAGAGUAAUACAGACUGCUGUGCAGUGGUUUGGCGUCUGAUAAGCCUCUAAUCUAAUCUAUCUGUUACUGAAUCUGGACUUCCUGCAUCGUAUUUAAUUGUCUCACUGUAAAAACACUCCCCACCACCAGUGCAGCCCCCUGUGUUGUUUUAACACAGAGCUAAAUAUUUAGUAGUGCUGUAUGAUUUAUCGCUUAUUGUAUAUUUGAUUGAUUAACUCUAAUAUUCUCCUUAUAGGCUUCUCUUUCACAUAGAUACAGGAAGAGAAAACAGGACCCUAAAAGAAUUUCAAAACCUAUGUUACCAAAAUAUUGGUUAUGUAUUUAUGAAAUGCUUUUUACAAAAAGAAAAAAUGUUGAAUACGUCUGUCAGAUUUACAGGGUGUGUUCAUCCACCCUGCUUAAAAUUGCUGACAAGGAAUAAAUAAAAAAAUUAACAAUCUUAAUUGUUUUAGAAGUAAGAUGCUUCUACACACAUUUAUACACUUUGUAGGCUGAGAGUUAGAGAUGUGUACUGCUCAGUGAUUUAAAGUGAAGAUCAUUAAUAUAAUGCUGUAUAUAGCUUUAACUAUACAGUCAGCAGUCUGAUCUAUACAACUGACAAGAAUGUAUUUGUGUAAUAAUGUUACUGCAGAUAUUCAGUAUCGACUGACCAGCUUCCAGUAGUAAAUUAAUGAUUGUUUUGUAAGCCACGCUGAUCUGAAAUAAUGUCGAGCUUCUAGUGGGUUCAUUUUAGGUUCUUCACUGUAAUAUCAGGAAACACGUCUCCUACCACAAAUAAUGACACACGCAAGAGUAAAAUGUCAUGUUUAUGAUCAUAGGGCUACUGUUUAUUGUGGCGACUGGUUGAUAUACCUGCAUAGCAAUGUAUAUUAAACUGAGUGUUUGCUACUAGGAAUUUAUUGUGAUUCAAUUUUGUGUGAUUUGUGUCUAAAUUAAAGAGAAACAUUAACCAAA